AUGGGACUGUGGAAAAAUCGGAACACCAAACUGUGGGAGGAUACUGCUAGAAGUCCUCUAGACUUGUUAUUUGGUUGCAUGACUUGGCUGGAGGAAUUCCAAAAGUCACGAGCUAGUGAGAAAAUGCCGAGGCAACCUAAUCUUUAUGCAUGGCAGUCUCCAGCAGCAGAUACGUUAAAGCUUAACAUUGAUGGGGCAUAUGUACCUCACCUCACUAAGGGUGGAAUAGGAGGCAUUCUUCGUAACUCUAGGGGAAAUGUUGUUGCGGCGUUUCAGCGACUAGUCCAUUUUGUGAGCUCAGCUUUCCAUGUCGAGCUCCUUGCUACACAGGCCGGACUAGAGUUGAUUAGAAGACAUAAUUACAGGUCUGUGGUUAUUGAAACUGAUUGUCAAAUAGCAGUCCAAGACAUAUGCAGUGCUUCUCCAGUUCUCACUCAAUAUGGGACUCUAAUUGUUGACAUUCAGACUACCUUCAAGAACCUGCAGCUGGUGCGUUUAUGUUUCGGUCCCCGCACUUGUAAUCGAGUAGCCCAUAGACUAGCUGGUAUUGCUUUUGAAUCUAAUUCGUGUUAA